AUGCGUUUCCUGGACUCUUCCAUAUUCAAAUCUUCCACAAACGAAGCUACUACCCUCGACGUUCAAUUUGUGCAGCAAAAUGGAGAUAAAUACCACGAGGCUUUGGGAGCUAAAGCACAUUAUAAUGAAGUGACAACCUGGUUUGAGCCAACGCCAGACUCUGGAUAUAGUAACGCCGAAGACGACCUACGAAUUGCUCUUUAUGAAUACAAUGAAACAACCGAGGAGAAAUACAGACUAGAUCUUGUCUCUUAUACUCUCAAUGACGUUCUUCUGGAGAUAGCCGAAGCAGACGGUCGAUAUAAGGAAAAGGAAAAGGGCAUAGCGGGCGCCCAUCGUCAUGUAGGAAGAUUUGCAGGGGAUAAUGCGGAUGCUCUCCGUCCUUGGCUAGAGUUGAUCCCUAAUGACAUUGGAAUGAGCGUCCUUGCCGGUGGGCUGAAAGCCAUUCUGAACAUUGCGAAGAAAAAUGCCGAAAAUCGACAGAAAAUCCUCCGCGCCUUACAUGAGAUCCCCGAUGUUAUGUUCCAGACCCAGAAGCAACAAAAUGUAUUCGCCGCAGUUCCAAGCAUCAGAGUCGAGGCGAUUCACCUUUACAAAAUCCUUGCGCACUCCCUCGCACACCUCAUCACAACUCUCAACCCUAGCAGGUCAAAAGGAAAAUUCAGAGAAAAGGCCAAACGAUUAGGGAGGAAACUAAUCCCUCAUCAUUCUGCAGCAGAGAUAGAUGAGCUUCUCAGUGAAGCGCAGACAAGUGUUGGCAAGUUCCGCGACUGUUUGCAAUUGGUACGUGAUGAGUAUCUCGUGGCUACUCACGAGAAUAGCGAAGUGAUUCUUGAUCGUGUGGGAGAAGGCUUCGGACAUAUUCUGCAGAAUAUCAGCUCUCUAAAAAGAGCGUUCGAGGCGAGUCGCAUGGAGCAGCAGAUCCGGCACAGCCAGGAAGUGGAUUCUAAAAACUUCUUGCUUGUGUUUUUUCGAUCUGAUCCUCCUAACACUCCAUCUCUCGCCAGCUCAUAUAGCAGUCAACCGCAAUACCCGCAGCCGUUUCUUUCCGACACAGAUUUAUUUCAUGCUAUUGGGGUGCACGUUAAUGAGCCGAUUGAAGAUGUCGACCAUGUACUUAGACAUCGGGACCAAUUCGAUAUCGCCGCUCAAACCCAGGCACAGCAACUUCUUUCAUCGGAGGACUUCAUGAGAUGGAUGAAAUCAUCUCUUGCCGAGACACUCUUUGUGAAAGGGCAUUUUCAAAUGGUCGGUCCCGGCCGGAUCUCGGUUUUGUCAGCACUGUGUGCAACUCUUUCACUUCAAGUUAACCUGUUGAAAAACACCCAUUAUAUCGUUCUUCACGCUUUCUGCGGUCUACAUGAAGCCCACAGCCAUCAAAACGCCGGACCAAACUGGUUGAUUCGAAGCCUAAUCGCCCAGUUACUUCUUUCUGGUGUCACAUUUAAUCUCGACUUCAUUAAUACCCGAGCCUUUGCAGAACGAAUCAAGUCGCACUAUUUGCAGGAUCUUUGCAGUAUAUUCCGAUUGCUGAUUGAGCAACUUCCGAACACCGCCACCGUUGUUUGCAUCAUUGAUGGUGUAACCCGGUUCGAAUCUGAGAUUUGGAAAGCCGAGAUGAAUGAUGUUUUGUUCAUCUUGAACCAGACUGUGCGGAAUGAGUUCCUGAAGCCGAGCUUCAAGUUACUUUUGACUACCCCGUCUUCCAAUACUCGAUUUCUCGAAGACCAUAGUACUAUCUGUCCUCAUUAUAUCGUCAAUCUCCGACCUACCGCGGUGACUAGUGGGCGCCGGAUUUCCGAAAGAGGGUUGUUACGCGGGCGAUCCUUGGAGGAAUAUCGAACGAGAAUGCUGCAAGAAGAGCAGGACCCGGCCCCGGAUUCGGAGGGUGAGGAGAACGACGAUGAUAUAUUUUUUUGA